UAUCUCACUCGUUAUAUGACUGAGGUACAGCCCGCCUCACCCAAACCUUACGACACUCCCUCACGUCACCGCUCCCAUCCCGGCAGGCCGCAUGCGCACUUACCACAGGCUUCCGGUAGGGCUGAGAGGAGCGGCGGGCUGAUGGCCGGUAUGGUGUGUGUUAUGGGGCGGGUAGCGGCUGUGCUGCGCUGUGUGCUGGUUGUGGUGAUCCCGCUCUGUGUAGGCCAGACUAAUCUGAAGAGUCCUCAGGAUAUUGAGGUUUAUGCUGUAAAUACUAAUUUCACCCUAAGGUGGAACUACACUGGGGAUGGUACCAAUGUGACAUUUUCAGCACAAUACCAGUGCUUUGAUGAUCUACAAACAAAUGAACCGGAAUGGAGGGAAUUAUCUGGUUGUCAGAAUGUCAGUCACACAGAAUGUGACUUUUCUUCAGCAAUAACUGCAUACUAUGAUGUGCAUCACCUGCGCAUUAGGGCUGAACGAAGGGAAGACAAGUCACCAUGGUCUAGCAUUUUUGAAAUGGUUCCAUAUGAAAUAGCUCUGAUUGGUCCCCCUGAAAUAGCGUUGCAGUCCAUAAAUGGAGACAUUAAAAUUAAGGUUUCUCCUCCAGAAGCAAAUCAGGUCCGGAAAAUAUGGCUAAAUCCUCUGCUUUUUAAAUACAAUGUAGUUAUCUGGGAAAAUUCAUCUAAUGCAGAAGAGGUCAGAAUUCUAAAGAUUUUACCUAUUGAUGUAAUAGAAGGUCUUGCUCCAGAGACUACCUAUUGUUUGAAAGUUCAAGCAACUAUUCCUCUGGACUAUCAAGAAGGCCUGUUCAGUCCAAUUCAUUGCAUUAAAACCACUCGUAAAGUGAAUGACCUUCUUUGUCCAACGAAUGUGAGAGUUUUUGCUUUGAACAUGAAAUUCUAUCUGCUUUGGAAUAAUCACUAUAAAGAACACGUGAACUAUACGGUGCAGUAUCUCACUGGGUUCCUAAAGAACCUUUAUGAUGAUUACUCCUCAAAGUGGCAGAAGGUAUCAGGAUGUGAGAACAUCGCUGACAUGAAAUGCAAUUUGUCAUCUGUCAUCCAACCUACUUCAGCAUCUCAUUACUUCCGUGUGCAGGCCAUGAAUGAAUAUAAUAAAACAUGUUUGUCUAAAGACAUAAAAGUAGAUCCUCUGGUAACAAAUGAAAUUGGCCCUCCUGAUGUAAAGGUGGACAUCAGUGAUGUUUUGCUGCAUAUCAAGAUUACUCCUCCAGGAGGACCUGCGAAUGAAAUCAUGAGUGACCUUUACGAUUUAUCUUACAACAUUCUGUAUUGGAAGAAUUCAUCAGAUAACGAGGAAGUAAAAACGAAAGAAACAAAACAGACAAUAGCGACAAUCUCUGAUCUGACACCCUCGACUCUGUACUGUGUGAAAGUACAAGCAUUCUCAAAAGCUUACAACAAAAGCAGUGAUUUCAGCAAAGAGGAAUGCGUAGGAACACCUGGAGGUAAAAGCUUACCUCUGAUCAUUUUAGCAACAUUUGCAGUUGCGCUGAUUGCUGUCUUGAUAGUGGCAUCGCUGCUUAUUUUUUUCCUGUAUCAAGCCUAUAAUAAAAUCAAGUACAUGUUCUUUCCUUCAUGCCGGACUCCUUUGAACAUAGAGGGCUUUGGAGGGCAGCUCUUUAGCAGUCCGUAUGUGCCUACUGCAGAGGAACCAGUAGAAAUUUGUUACAUAAUUGAGAGCAGCAUCACAGAAGAAGUAAAUCAAAUUGAUCUUAAAGACGACAGACAUUUUAAACACGGCAGUCGAGAUUCGGGGAAUUAUUCUUACGAUGAUAAUACCUCACAGAGCAAAGGGUCAGAAGAAACGCUAGGAAAAGAAAUACUAUAACUUCUAUGAAAGCCAAAUGCAAAUAUGGGACCAGCAGGGGCAUAAUAAACACUUGAAUUUUUUUAUAUUAUGAAACUCUUCGGCCAUAUGAAGACUGUAUGACUUUGGGAUCUUUGUUCCGAAGUUUCCCAAUCUGCACUUUGUUACUGAAAAGUUACAUACCUUCUCUGCUGCCAGCUAACUGCAGUUAGAGCACACUGGAGUUCUGGUAGCUUACACCAUGUUGACUGAACGAUGAUGAUGACUGAUGAUAAAAGGAAUACUAUCUGAAUACAGACGAGAUCUGUAUGCUUCGUAUACUUGAACAUGAUAACCUUGGUGAAAGCCUACUGUGUUGCACGAGAAGGAUUUCUCUCUUACAGGUUUAUUUUGAGUGUCAAUGUGUACUUUGAUAGAGUCCUUAGAUUAUUUUUACACAGGCAGAAGAAAGUUGAUGCCAGAUACCAUUUCAGGCACUUCUCUGUCAACUUCCAGCCCCCUUGGAGACAGUGUCUUUUAAGUCAGUAGGUCCAGAGCAAAGUAUGAAAAGAAGACAGCAGACAAUCAAUGAGGCAACUCCUCCGAGCAUCCUUGUGAAAUGGCUGCCAGGUGCUCCCAGUGCCCGCUUCCAUGCGUGUGAAGCUGUGUAUCGGGGUGCUCGUCUCCCACAGCACUGAGUAACAUGGGCAAGUACCAGGUGGGAGAAGGCACUCCGCUGUGGAAAAUACAGUUGUCACAGUGGAAGCGCUUUGUAAAUAGAGGUAUGGUCAAAUUGCAUUGUGCUGCCUUUCAGGGUGGCAGCCAAUGAAUACAUAAAAUAACCAAAUAAUACUUGGAAAAAUACUUCAAAAAUUACUUUGAUGAUAAGGUGUAUUGAGAGGAAUAUCCUGCUCUUUUCUUCCUCCUCUCUCUCAUGGAUAUGCAACCAGAAGUUUAGAACUCUUGUAACUGAAUGGGAUUUGCAAAUCUUUAUUCUGUAUGUAGAAAUAUCCAAGUCGUAUUUCGAAAACGCCUUCUAACAGUGUGGCGAGGACACCGUCCUUCAAAGCUUAUCCAGGUCAGUCUUUUCUUGCCAACAGCAAUCUCUUUGUACAGACUGUAAGGAUGCUGCACUUAUUGUUUGCAUACCACUUCCUUCUUUCAAAGUAUUUCUAUUUUUUAUAGAUCAUUUUUUAUGGCAGAAUGGACGUAGAAUGAAGCAGGUUUGAGUUACAUGUGUGCCAUUGUGUAUUACAGCAAGCAGCUGCUGGUGAUUUUCUAUUUUUUAAUUAUCAUUUUUUUAAUUUCAAAAAUGUGUUGUAAUUUUAUAACUUUCAUGUGCCAGUGUUCAUUGAAGAACUUAAUAAAUUUUGCACAUUUACUUCUUUAA